CUAAUAAAUUAUCUUGCUCUGAGGUGAUUAGAGUUGACACAUUUGUUAAUGGAGAAUAAAGAUCCUAAAUCAUGGAGUUCUGCUCAUAUCUACCAGUCUCAGUGGCUUCAAACCACCAUAUCAGAUUUGGAUGAGAAAUUGGAUGCUAUGAAAACCAUUUUAAAUGGUGACAAUUCUCCAAACCAAGAAAGCAUGGAUUGCAAAUGGAGAGGAGACCUCAUACAGAUGCUUGAUGAAUUUGGGCAAUCUUACCGUGUAUUAGCCUUAGCAUACAACCAAUUGAAGUUCAACACUUCUAAUGGUACCUUCAAUUCAGGAUCUUUAUCAUCUUCUGGUACAUCAAAUACCAUUUGUGCUAUCUGCAAUAAAAGAGCAACAGGUAACUUGGAGGAUAAAAAACUCAACGAGGGCUGGAAUCACCAUCCAAAAUAUUCUGCAGAGCAUUCCAAUAUCAAAUUUGAUGGUAGUAACCUUGGUUUUGAUCAAUUCAACAAGCAAGGAGAUGAAUGCCGUGAAUUCUUAUCAGCUGACCCAUGCAACAUGAAAUUUAAAUCAGAACUUGAAUGCAGAGACACUCAAAUGGAAGACAGAAUGAACAAAAUUUCUACCACAGAAAAUGUUCUUAUGAAGAUUGAGGAUUCGGAAUUAAAUCAGAGAAAUGAAGAUCCAUCAAUGAUCAAUUUCAAAUUUGACAAUAUGUGGUCAACGCUGAAGUAUCAAAUUACAAAACUUACAGAGGACAAUAUGCAUCAGUUGGUAGAGUUGGUCCAAAGAAAUGAUGAAAAGAGAGAAACCAUUAGAAGGCUUCAAUUUGAGGUGGAAACAUUGAAGUGUGAGAACAAGGCCCUCCAGACUUCUUUAAGGCACUCCAAUGCUGAUUCAGAAUGUGAUCAACCACAGAUAUCAAGAGCAGGAGGAAGAUCUAUGGGCAACCUCUUCAGAGGUUGUUCUCCAUGAUAUUUUGUAGACUUUAUGUCCCUCACCAUCUUGAAUAAUUCUAAAAGAAUUUGCUAUGA